UUCAACAAACGAACACAAACAAUAUACCAAAAUGUUCAAACUUGUAGUCGCUCUUUCCCUUUUCGCUGCCGUUAAAGCCGGGGGCAUCGGUUUGGCUUACUCUUCUCCUGUGGUAGCCGCCGCUCCCAUCGCUCAUGUUGCCGCCCCCAUCGCUCAUGUUGCCGCUCCCAUCGCUCAUGUUGCCGCUGCUCCUAUCGCCCAUGUUGCUGCCGCCCCCGUUGCCGUCAAGACCGCCGUACCCCUUGCUACCUCUUACCAAAACACCUACAAAAUCUCUAGAGCCGCCGUCCCAGUAGUCGCUGCUGCCCCCGUCGUUAAAGCUGCCCCAGUUCUCUCCUACGCUGCUGCUCCCGUAGUCAAAACUAUUGCUGCCCCAGCUUUGUCCUACGCUGCCGCUCCCGCUUUCGGUUAUGGCGGUCUCGCCCACUACUAAAAAGUAGUUUGUUUAGAUAUUUAUUGAAGUGAUAAUUUAUUGCCCCUUCCUCGAUCACCUUUUGUACAUAUUUAUUUUGCUAACGAAUAUGCAAAUAAAUUAAUUCCCAC